UCAAAUAACCUAACUUAAAGUUAAGACAACAAAAAACCAAACAAAACUCUCAAAACUAAAGGAAAAUCAGUUCUAAGAUCGUUUUUCGUGAUUUUUGAAUCCUAACUACUGUCAACGUGUAAAACGCACAAAAAUGUGCACGAAAUUUUCAUUGGACUCGAACGACUGAAAAGUGCGUUCCCAUUGAAAGCAAAAACUAAAUACUGCGAGUUCGCGCGAAACUUUUGAUUAAUUAAAAGUAAAACAGAAAAAAAAAAAGCCGAGAGCCAACCAAGAACUGGCUUUUGGGCAUUCACAGGAAACGACAGCAACCACAACGAGAGAGACUUAACCUACUUCUCCACCAGGAAGCUAAAAACCAGAAAAUCAAAAAAAACAAAAUACGAAAAAAGGAGAUCAACUUUGACAGAACAUCAACAUCGAAAUGGAAUUGGCCAUCAGAAUUGUCAAACCGCAGUUGGCUCGCUACAAAAACAACUAUAACAGCAAUAAUAACAGCAACAUUCACACCAGCAAUAGCAAGAGACUAGACACCAACGGUAGCUGCAACUUAUGCAACAUCUGCAACAUCAGCAACAACAACGACGAAAACAACAAUCCCAAUAUCAACAGUAUAACAACGAUUCCACAAGAAGCAAGAACUGUGGCAGCAAUACAAAUUGCAGCAACAGCAGCCACUUGCAGCAGCCACAACUUAUCAGGAACUUGCAACAACUUGUCAACAAUAUCUGAGCAACAUGCAGCAGCAGCAACAACCGUCCAUCGACCAGCUGCCCGAGCCCAUAGCCUCGACCAGCAGCAAUACGGCAGCAACUAAGCCGGCAACAGCAGCAGCAACAACAUCGACAACGUCAACCAACAACUUCCACCAGCAACUGCAAGCAACAACGGCAGCAACCAUGCAACGUCUGCGUACCACAUUUACGCGUUCGCGCACUCCAACAGGUGCCGAAAUGAAGAUGCAGAAUAGUCUGGAGGUGCCCAAGCAGGUAAAAAAGGUGCGCUCCGCCUCCUUCGAUGAGAUGCAAUUGGAGUCGCAGCGUGCCUCCUCCAGCCUGCUCAAACAGCAGUCCUCAUCCUCGGCCUCAGCAGACGAACGCUCUUCGGAGGCUGGCUUUCUGCAGGUACCAUUGGCGGCCCAUCAACAACGAUCCCAUAGCUUCGAUUCGGCAACGGCCUCAGGGGGCAGCGAUGAUUCUGGUACCUUUUUGGAGGUGCCGCGGCGGAUGAAGGCUCGCCGCAGUUCGUCCACCAAGACACCGCCGCCCUGCAUCCAUUGUCACUAUCUGGAGGAGUACGAACGCCGGAUGACGGCCGAGAAGCGAUACUUUAUCGAUCAUCGUGAGCUAACGGCCCUUAGCUAUAGCAAUACCAGUUCGGAGGCGAGUGAGGAUGAAGAUGACGAGGAUGGGAAUAAUGGCGAGGAAGAGGAGGAGGGCAGUGGAGCCAUCGAGGAUGCCGAGGAGGAGAACACUGAAGCGGCUACCGAAGAGGCGGAUGAAGAUCCCCGCACUGAGAUGGAGUCCGAACAUGAUCACGAUCCGGAUGACGAUGCUGCUCUCGAGAUGGACAUUCGUAUUGGCAAUAUCAGUCAAGGCAGCAGCAUCGAGGAGUCGCGUGCCCGUCUCCCAAGGCAAAUGAGGCGCCACACCAUCGGCAGUAGUUCCGUUACUUCGGCCUCCGAGGAUGAGGGCUUGGAGGGAUCGGACAAUGGUUCGCCGCAUUUUGGCAACACCCUGUUGCCACCCCAACCGGCAACUCCAUGCGGCAUAACCUUUACGUUGAGUCCAACCAACGGGGAUUAUCCAUCACCACCGCAUCUUCCCUUGGAUCCGGGCUCUCCACCAAUGUCACCAUGCUCCUCCAAUUCAGGAAGAUUGCCAGCUCUGGCUCCAACUAUUUCCACGGCCUGCUCCUCUGCGGAUGCCGAUGAUGCUGGAGCGGCUAUGGGUUUGCCGGUGCGGGCCAGACGUCGCUCAAUUUCGCGGCAGGAGGCGAUAUUCGUAGAGCCCACUGGGAACUCCUUGGAGAAUGUUUCGCACGAGGAGGUGGACAACAGCAAUACCAAGUCAUCGGUGGAUACAGCUGAUUCCCUCGAUGAGGCCUCCACUAUGGCCACUUGUGGCUCACCCGGAGCAGUGGGUGGGGCAGGUCAAUCCUCGUCCAGUCAUCACAGCGCCUUUGUGGUGCGAGAUAUUUAUCUAAUGGUUCCGGACCUGAAGCGAGAUCGUGCCGCUUCCGUGGACUCGUGCUUCUCGAAGCUCUCGUCUGGAGCCAAAACGGAGGAGUUGCAACCAAGUGCAGAUGGCUGCUUCCUCACUGUGCCGAAUAUCAAUGCCACCAGAUCCCGUUCCGUGGACAUCGUUCUGCCAACGGAUGAGCAGGCCAGGUACAAGGCCUUGUCCAUGACGGGAUCCACGGUCACCUAUGCUGAUGGGCGUACCGCUUCGGCCAGCAACUCCCGGAGACCCAUUAGGAUUGUGCCCGACUGGACGGAGAAUGCGGUGCAGGGCGAGCACUAUUGGAAGCCCACUUCCGCUUCCGGCGAUCUCUGCUGCCUGAAUGAGGAAUGCAUUAAAAGCGGUCAGCGGAUGAAGUGCUCCGCCUGCCAGCUAGUGGCCCACCACAACUGCAUUCCGUUCGUGAACGAGAAGAGCACGCUGGCAUGCAAGCCAACCUAUAGGGAUGUGGGCAUCCGGCAGUACAGGGAGCAGACCACCACCCAUCACCAUUGGGUCCACCGCAAGCUGGAGAAGGGCAAGUGCAAGCAGUGCGGCAAGUUCUUUCCUAUGAAGCAGGCGGUGCAGAGCAAGCUAUUUGGCUCGAAGGAGAUUGUGGCAUUGGCCUGUGCCUGGUGCCACGAGAUCUAUCACAACAAGGAGGCCUGUUUUAACCAGUCCAAAAUCGGCGAGGAGUGUCGUCUGGGCAACUAUGCACCCAUUAUUGUGCCGCCUUCUUGGAUUGUUAAGCUGCCCAACAAGGGCAACUUCAAGUCCUCGAUACGCGUGAGCAACAAGAACAAUGCGGCUUCAGGAUCAGGAGGCAGCAGUGGUGGUACUGGGUCCGGAGGAGGAGGCGGCGGCGGCAAGAGCAAGAAGCAGACGCAACGCCGACAGAAGGGCAAGGAGGAAAAGAAGGAGCCGCGGGCGUUCAUUGUGAAGCCCAUUCCAUCGCCGGAGGUAAUCCCGGUCAUUGUGUUUAUUAAUCCAAAGUCGGGCGGCAAUCAGGGCCACAAGCUACUGGGCAAGUUCCAGCAUCUGCUCAAUCCGCGCCAGGUUUUCGAUCUAACGCAGGGUGGGCCUAAAAUGGGCUUGGAUAUGUUCCGAAAGGCUCCCAAUUUGCGUGUGCUGGCCUGCGGAGGCGAUGGCACUGUCGGCUGGGUCCUCUCCGUCCUGGAUCAGAUCCAACCGCCGCUCCAGCCAGUUCCCGCUGUCGGUGUCCUUCCAUUGGGCACUGGAAAUGAUCUCGCUCGCGCCCUAGGCUGGGGUGGGUCUAUCUUCUUUCAGGGCUACACGGACGAACCGAUUGGGAAGAUACUGCGCGAGAUCGGGAUGUCGCAGUGCGUUUUGAUGGAUCGCUGGAGGGUGAAGGUUACGCCCAAUGAGGAUGUCACCGAUGACCAUGUCGAUCGGAGCAAAGCGAACGUCCCAUUGAAUGUGAUCAACAACUAUUUCUCGUUCGGCGUGGAUGCCCACAUCGCCUUGGAAUUCCAUGAGGCACGCGAGGCUCAUCCGGAGCGUUUCAAUUCGCGGCUGCGCAAUAAGAUGUACUAUGGCCAGAUGGGUGGCAAGGAUCUAAUCCUGCGCCAAUAUCGUAAUCUCUCCCAAUGGGUCACGCUCGAGUGCGAUGGCCAGGACUUUACCGGAAAGCUACGCGAUGCCGGCUGCCAUGCCGUCCUCUUCCUCAACAUUCCCAGUUAUGGCGGUGGCACUCACCCUUGGAACGAUUCCUUUGGCGCCUCGAAGCCCUCCAUCGAUGAUGGCCUAAUGGAGGUAGUUGGCUUGACCACCUACCAGUUGCCCAUGUUGCAGGCCGGAAUGCAUGGCACCUGCAUUUGCCAGUGCCGAAAGGCCAGGAUCAUCACCAAGCGAACCAUUCCGAUGCAGGUGGACGGCGAGGCAUGCCGCGUGAAGCCAUCGGUCAUCGAGAUCGAGUUGCUCAACAAGGCGCUGAUGUUGUCCAAAAGGAAGCACGGACGCGGCGAUGUCCAGGUCAACCCACUGGAGAAGAUGCAGCUGCACAUCUUGCGGGUCACCAUGCAACAGUACGAGCAGUAUCACUAUGACAAGGAGAUGCUCCGCAAGCUGGCCAACAAGCUUGGCCACAUCGAUAUCGAAUCUCAGUGCGAUCUGGAGCACGUGCGCAAUAUGCUCAAUGCCAAGUUCGAGGAAUCCAUCUCCUAUCCCAAAGUCUCCCAGGAUUGGUGCUUCAUCGAUGCCUGCACUGCGGAGCACUAUUUCCGUAUCGAUCGUGCCCAGGAGCACCUGCACUACAUCUGCGACAUCGCCAUCGAUGAGCUGUAUAUCCUGGAUCAUGAGGCAGCCACCAUGCCACAGACACCCGACCAGGAGCGCUCCUUUGCCGCCUUCUCGCAACGUCAGGCCCAGAACGAGAGACGCCAAUUGGAUCAGGCCCAGGGCCGCGGCCCGGGCAGCACCGAUGAGGAUUUGCAAAUUGGCUCCAAGCCCAUUAAAGUGAUGAAGUGGAAGAGCAACAAAGAUCGUUUAUUCAGUUUCAACGAAGAUGUUUUUGGUUAUGGAUUCAGCCCUAUACUGGAGCAAACUUCCGAUGCCAUACUACUAGCAGCCCAGAGCGGCGAUCUCAAUAUGUUACGUGCACUACAUGAACAAGGAUACUCACUGCAGUCAGUGAACAAGAACGGACAGACGGCGUUGCACUUCGCCUGCAAAUACAACCACAGGGACAUUGUCAAAUAUAUCAUCGCGAGCGCCACACGACGCCUCAUCAACAUGGCCGACAAGGAGCUUGGACAGACGGCGCUGCACAUUGCCGCCGAGCAGAAUCGUCGCGACAUCUGCGUAAUGCUGGUGGCCGCCGGCGCCCAUCUGGACACCCUAGACUCCGGCGGAAAUACGCCAAUGAUGGUGGCCUUCAACAAGAACGCCAACGAGAUAGCCACCUAUUUGGAAAGUAAGCAGGGGACGCAGCCCGUCGACGGCUGGCUCGACGACUAGAUGAAUAAAAUAUCGCCGCUGAUAACCUACCCACUCCUCCAUGUAGAGCAAACGCUAGACAAGCUUGCGCCGUGGGGCUAACUCACGACUCAAAAAUCGAAAAAUCAAAAAUCAAGAACCCAAAAACCAAAAACCAGACAAAAAAUAAUCAGUAAAUCAGUUAUUCCAAGCAAGAACGUAAUUUUAACAAUGCAAAUUUCUCCUUUCUAUGCCAACAAAAAACUACACAACAAACCGGAAACUCCUUGUCUUGUGUAAAUAAAAAAUCGAAAUCGAAUCGGAAAAAUCAAAUGAAAAAUGUAAAAUAAACAUGAACAUUCCAUGAACUCAAAUCGGAAUGAACCGCUUAGGUCAAGAGCGUUUCAUGCAUCUGGAGGUGCAGUCCCGGAUCUAAGUGGAGCAUCAUCCGGCGGAAGCAUUCAACCUACGACAUAAAAUUAUUAAUAAUACUUAUGAUAAUAACUGAUAAUGUCUAUUUUUUUGGCAACUCUUUUUUUUUUUGGCUAGCAUGUACGGGAGAAAUCUAAAUCUAAACUAAGCAAAGAAAAUACAAAAAAGAAGAAACAAAGCAAAGAAAACACUCAACACAUUUAGCAAGUAAGCUUAACAAAGGCAUCAUUUAAUUUAUUGUAAAGAAAAAGAAAAAGAUUAAGAAAAAGUUUAAGAAAAGCUAGACGAAAGGCAACAUUUGUCCAAAAUUCAAUUUUAAAUUACCUUAAAAAAGAUCAAGCAAAGAUCGAACAAAAUUCAGCUAUUAAAAAGCAAAAGCAAAGGCAGUAAAUGCAAAAAAGUAAAUUCGAAAUUUAUUUGUUUCUCUUACCGAUUGAUUAACGAUUAAUGAUUAUAUUGUGAUAUCUAAAUUAAUUAAUGUAUUGGACUAGAGAGAGAGCGAGAGCGAGAAAUAUAAAUUGAUAUUAGCAAAAGGCAUUUGCUGUAACCGCUAACUGAAAAGCAAGGAAAAACGUUUAAAAAAUAUGCAAAAAACAAACACACACACACACUGAGACACAUACUAAGCAAAGAUAUAUAGCCUAUAUAUAAUAUAUAUUUAAUUAUUAUAUAUGUACUUCUUUUGGAAUUCAAACUAGUUUAAGUGAGAACUUUAAUACUCUUGUCAAAAGAAAAACGAAAAAAGAAAAGGAAGAACAGCAGAGCAGCAGCACGAUUAGAAGAGUGAGGCACUAGACCCUAAGCGGCUAAAGCCCUCUCGCUCAGACACAGACACAGACACAGACAGACACACACACACACAGUCCCGAUGCACAGACUAGAAUGCACAACCCCCCAUAGAUAUACCACUUCACCUUUGACCCCCCAAAAAGAAGAGAAAACCCUCAGCGUUUCAAACCGAAAGACUUGGGCCGAUCAAUAGCGUCCCCCCUCCUCAAACUGCCCCGGAAAAAAGAUGUUAGCUGUUAGGUCGGGGCAGUUGAGAUCCACAAAGACUAUCUUAAACUAUCCUAAACUAUACUAUAUUCCGUAACUAUAAACUAUAAACUAUGAACCCUCUCGUAACCACACAAAGGAACAAAAUGAACAAGGAAACACGAGCCUUAGCUGGCGUACCUAAUACCUAAUACGAGAACACACUCUUAAUAUUAGACGCAUGAAUAUUUUAUCAAAUAAAAGUAUAUGAAAAUAUUAUAUAGCUGUUAAUCGAAUCACAUAUAUAUGUAUAUGUAAUGCUAUAUAUUAUGUACAGUAGAGGGCUAUUUUUCCACAUGCUUUUUUUUUAUUCUAUAUAAAUUCGAAUUCUAAAUUUUUGAAAAGUAAUCAUAAUCCAAAAUUGUGUCGAGUCAAUUACGUUUAACCGCGAAUCACACCUUCAAAUUUCCCCAGGCUUAGCUAAACUUUAUAAGCUAAACGAUUUGUAUCGAUUAACGAUUAGGAAUAAGCGAUAAGUCACAUUAUCGAUUGACAAGGCACCUGAGAACGAUUAAGUAUCGAUAACCUUUACGAGGCUUGUCCGCGAAUGCAGCCCUGGCCACCCUCUCCUACGUCCAAUCGCAAUCGCGGCUUAGUUCCUGGAAAACCAUGGCUCUGGCUUUCGGAAUGCCUUGAAUGGGUUUGGACACCUCAAAUUCUUUGUGGGAGGGGGGCCAUCGCCAGCAUUCCCAUUAAAUCCCGCACCGUAAGCCACUUCCGGUCUUCCGGAAGCGAGCUUCCGGCGUGGGUAAUCAUGUUUUGGAUUGCACAUGACUAUAGGAAAAAACAAAAACGUAAAAAAAAAUGAAAUUAAAACACACAAAACUUAAAGUUACACACAUCGUAGACUGUCGCAGAUGGUGUUGAAGUGUCGAAAGUUAUUUUUAACGAUUUUUGAUUCGAGCUUUGCGGGAUCCCGGGCAUGCAGCCUUUACGCCCCAUAAGACGUGCCACCCAUUAGGCAGGCGGAAUCCAAAAUCGUUGCACCAAUCUACACCGCCUGCGGCAACUAAUGAGUUCUUCAGCUGCGGUCGAAAUAGUGAUCAGUGAAGAAAAUGUAUCAAAUGGAAUCUUAGGUCUUUGAUUUUCAUUGGUUUUUUAAUUAUUAAAAUUAUUUGUGUAAAAAAAAAAAUUGGUCAAAAAAUUCGUCAAAAUGUAUAAUCAUCAAAAAUCUCAAUAAUUAUCAUUGCUUUCUAUAUUAAGUUUUUAAAAAAGGCAAUUUUAAGCCUUCUUUUGACUUAUUAAACUGGUCAAAUUCUAUCAUUUUCAAAAAUCUAAAGUAGAACAAACUGCAAAUUAAAGUGUAUUAAAAUUGGUUCAAUAAUUUGUAUCAUAAACCCUAUAAUUUCUAAUUUAAAAUUUAGUCAAAACUGAUCAAAUUCUCAAAAAGACUGACAUAAAUGCGGCCGCAGCUGGAAAUCCAUAUGCAGUAGAGCAGAGUUGAGUAAGGAAUAUUUAGCAAAUGACAAUCUAGAGAUUUUAUAGCAAAUGAGCCGAGCAGAUGGCCGGAAAAGCGUUUGCUAACCCCCCCCAAAACAUUCACUAUGUUUCUGAUCAUAGAAAAACAAGAAAGACCAUAAACACUAAGAAAUUCAAAGAAAAAUCACAUUUGACACGCUAAAAACAAAAAAAGAAAGAAAACUAAGAAGCGGCUUCGAGAUGAAAUUGUAGUUGAAGGAUUUAAGCGGGAAGGCGGAAUAGAGUUAGUGUUAAAAACGAGGCGAGCGCUAUCUAACCAACUAGACGGGCUAAACGAUCCAAAGUGGAGGAGUACUAGAGUGACUAAAAUGCAGGAAGAAGUAAGGAAAAUGGCUAGCUAAGGCCUAAAGUGCUUCGUGGCACUGAAUCACAGCUGUUCGGAAAACAACCGGGUCCAAGCCAAAACUAUGGAUAUAUUUUCGUGCAUUUUCGUAGAAGUUGAGAAAACCCACAAACACAGACAUAGUGAAAACACCUCACACACACACACACACAUACAUACAAAGGACAUACAAAGUGGCGGCACUUACUGCAUGAUGUGUACAUAGGGACAACUAUAUAUAAUAUAUAUAUAUAUCACAUAUAUAUGAACAGAAAUAGACAUAUAUAGUAUAUAUAUUUUUUUCGAAUCGUUUAAGUGAAACUUUUGAACAAAAUAUGGAAAAAUGAAACGCAAGUCUUAUGAAAUUCUAGCAAGUAAGGCAAACCAAAAUUGUAAAGGUCAAGAUACAAAGAUACAGAGAUACGGAUGGUGGACGGAACGAUAUACCUAAAACAAUGCCUAACUGUACGAUAGUAAGCAUACUAUAUAUAUAUAUACUAUAUAUACAGUAAUAAAUCGGAAUAUAUGUGUGUAAAGUUAAUCUAUUUAUUUACACCCAACGAGACAUCCCUGUAAAUACACUUCAACUUUCACCCUAACUCCGCCUCUUCACUGUUUUAGUUUCCAACUGUAACUGUAGACAGACAACGAUUCUCCCUUCCACCUGGAUAUAUAUAUAUAUACACUUAAUCAUUAACUUAUGCAAGUCUGAAAGUAUUUCUAUCGAAGAGUUCUAAACUGCUUAACUGUAAAGUGUACAUAAAAACCGAACCGAAGAAGAAUUAGCAACCCACACAGAUCCCCCUUAAACUAUGUAUGAGAUGCCCUUAUAUAUUAUAAUAUAUAUAUAUAUAUAUUUACUUUUUUUGGAUUAGUCACUAAGCAUAGACAACAUGAAUUACUAAGUACGAUAUGCACUGCAAGCACUGAGGAAUUUGAUUCAAUUUUACUUAAGACAAACGAAAAGAGAAAUUGAAAUAGCAUUUAGCAAAAAACAAAAAAACAAAAAACUAAAACUAAAAACAAACUUAAGGAAAACCCCCUAAAAACUUAAAAAAACAAUCUCCAAAUUAUGGAAAUUAAUUCCGAAACUUAAUGUUCAUUUUUCGAUCUACAUCGGAAGAGAAAGACGAAAACGAAAAUCUAAGCUUGAGGCAAUUAUUGUGGGAAAGUCGAGAACGUUUUAGCAUCUGGAUUGGCUAUGCAGCAUUCGUAUAUAUACUUAGAUACCCAUUGAAAAACACAGAUACUUACACACACACACACACACACACAUACGAAUAUUAAAUAGUUAUACAAUAGUUAUAUAGACUCAUACGCAUCGAUCCCUUGAACCAUAGUCUAUCCUCUGUUAAUCUUCUCUUCACAAAAUUGUACUUUUCGGCCCUGCAAAACGUUCCCCUCAAAAAAACGCUCAAACUAUGAGUUCUUUUUUGCGCCCAUUUACGCCACAACUAUCAAAGAAAUUGUAAAAAAAAGUUAAUAAGAAAUAUAAUAAACAUAUAGUAUUUACGCUAGCGAAUCCCAAAAUAUUGGACAAACGAUCGAAAUCAUCCACAAAAUUGCUUAUAAUAUGAAUUUUCUGACUCUCUCCUAAGAGAAAAUAAAUUUUUUUUGGUAUUUCAAACUCAAA